AUGGAUAUAUUAAAUGUUUUGGGCCAGCCAUUUAGUGACACAACUAUUGAAGAUUAUAGAUUUCAACAAUACCAACCUUUUUCUACAGCUAAUUUAAAUUAUAACGAUGAAAUAAGAAUUUCAAUUCAAGAUUUGGAUGCUCUAACCUUACCUUGUAAUAGCUACAUUUACAUAGAAGGAAAAAUAUCUACGGAUCAAAACGCAUUACCUACAAAAUUUAAGCUAAUUAAUAAUGGUAUUUCGUAUUUGUUUAGAGAACUAAGAUAUGAGUUAAAUGGUGUAAUAAUUGACGUUGUGAGAAAUAUUGGAUUAGUUUCUACAUUAAAAAAUUAUUUAUCUUAUAACGAAAACGAAUCUAAAUUGCUUCAAAACAGUGGAUGGUUUCCUAAAAAUGGUAACCUUCUUAUAGAUGCACAUGGUAAUUUUAAUGUAUGUAUACCCUUAAAAAUAUGGUCUGGCGUAUUUGAAGAUUUUCGUAGAGUCGUUGUUAAUAUGAGACAAGAAUUAAUUCUAAUACGCGAAAAAGAUGAUGUAGAUGCAGUCAUUGCAACAGAUGAAACAGAAAAACCCAAAAUUCAACUAAAUAAGCUUUAUUGGAAUAUACCACAUAUUUUACCUAAUAUUAGCGAACAACUACGGCUCAAUAAAAUAAUUCGUAGUAAUGUAGAACUACCUAUUAAAUUCAGAAGCUGGGAAUUAAUUGAAUAUCCUUCAUUAAACAAUUCAACAAGACAUACGUGGCCUGUCAAAACAUCAACAAAAUUAGAAAGUCCAAGACAUAUCGCAAUAGCUUUUCAAAAUGGGCGCAAAGGAAAAUUAUUAAAAGAUAUGAGUAAAUUUGAUCAUUGUAAUUUAACAAAUGUACGUGUGUUCCUAAACUCUGAAAAAUUUCCGUAUCAUGAUUUAAACUUGGAUUUUGAUACCAACCGCUUUGCUACAUUAUAUGAAAUGUUUGCAAAUUUCCAAGAAUCUUACUAUCACAUUCAAACUAAUCAACCUAUAUUUAACCCCGAAGAAUUCAAAGCUAAUACUCCUAUUGCUUAUAUUGAUUGUUCUCGUCAGAAAGAAAUUCUUCAAAGUAGCUCUGUUUCAUUACGAAUCGAAUUUGAAACCAACACAAAUGUUGGUGAUACUGUAUCAGCUUAUUGUUUAAUUUUACAUGAAAAAGAAUUUAAUUAUAAUCCUCUAACUAAAAUUGUAAGACAAUUGUAA